AGGGACAGUGGUGGUGUUCGUUGCUCUGGCCGUGGGCGGAACCCUGGUGGACCUCAUGGAGGAGGAGGUCGGCCCGGCGGCAGCCAAGCCGCAGCCGAAAGGCGAGGAGAUGCGGCUGCUGGAUGGCAAGCCGGCCAGCUACAGUGCGCUGGAUAGCAAGCCGGCCAGCUACAGUGCGCCGGAAUCCAGUGACCUCGCGAAACCGGCGCAGCCGUAGAUACCGGCAAACCGUUGGCAUAAGAAGUGGUGAGAUAUUACGACUUAUCGUUUAAUUUUACAUUCGUAAGCCGGCUUUUGCACUUUAUUUUAGCAGAUCAUGUCGUUGACAAAUGCGCCUCUGCACAGUUCUACACAACAGAGUAGUGGCCUCCAGAAACACUGCAUGAAUCAUGAUGUAUUCAUAAGCAGGCUCGAAAAAUUCACGGGAUUUCCGACAACUUAUAUUCUGGUGAUCCACUGUAUGUAUGCAUGUGUGCGUACAUGCAUGCGUGCACGCGUGCGUACGUGCGUGCGCACCUGCCCGUGUCUGUGUGUCUGUAAACGACUUGCAGUAGCCACACGCAUUGAGGAAAUUCCGCUUUUAGAUAAAUAAAGAAAUUACAAAUUGAA